AUGCUGAGCGCGGUUGCCGCACGCAAGGCCAGGCUAGAAGGGAAGAACUUGCCUGUCGAUGUUCUCCCCAAGUCUUCACCUACAGCACUGGCGCAGCCAUCACCACCUCCGGAGCCUGUCGCAUCCAUAGGUAGUUCCAAAACCUCGUCCAAGAGGAAGCCCAGCGAGAGCGUGGAAAAUCUGCUCAGGAAGAAAUCUAGGAAGCAAACUCGUACCGAGAAGAAAGGUGCACGCUAUUUUCAACAGGAUGAGUUCAGGAAGCAGGAAGACUUGAUCCUAAUUGAUGACAGCGAGGACGACGAGGACGACGAUGAGUCUCAAGACGACCUGUCGGUUGACGGGGAGGUGUUCGACUACUCUGGACUCACAUCUCAGAAUGCUGCUGUAGCGGCAUCCACAGGACGAAAUAAGAGAGCAUGGUCACCAAGUGAACCCCUGCAGGAUUCAUCCAGCGAAGAGGAAGACGAAGUCAGCAAUGGAGAUGAAGCUGGUCUCGGGGCACUUCCUUUUCGACAGGGUCGCGCGCCCCCCGAAUCUCCUAUCCUCCUGUCCACAUUUCAGCCCAUACUCAAUCAAAACAUGUUCCAUCUGACCACAGAAGAGACGCGCGCACUGUGCCUAACUCAUCUGUCGUCCAAUUCGAAUGCUACGCUGCUGAUAAUGGUACCGUCUGAGACGCUCACUCUAGUAGGAGUAUACUCCUUGACUGUUAUUUACGGAUCCGUGUCCCUAUCUGGUGCCAUUCUCUCUGCGUCAGCUAUCUCGUACCGCGUCUUUGCUCCUCGGUCUGCACCCCUGCCGGUGAUCCAAUGUCUUACUUCGGGCGCAUCGACGCUCUGUGGGGAGACGUCCGCAAUACCUCCUCGAGCCCAUACUGCGGCUGCGCAGAGCGCUGCCUUGAUAGUGCUUCAGGAAUUGUAUACAGGCGUUGAAGGACUGGAGCGAGUCUGCCGAACUUUCGAUGGUAUCUUCGCGCCUACCGGGUGGAGAAGAGGCGAGCCAUCUGCACUCAAUCUUCAAGGCGCCCAUAUGGCUUCCUUAAGCGCACAUGGGCUAUCACCAUUGCUUAUUCUCCCAUCUUGGAGAACGGCUUUCGAUGCUGUGCUCAGUAACAUUCCUGAAAAUAGCCUGGAAUUUGAUUAUUCCCGACGUGUCUAUCUUGUAAAGGGUCCGAGGAACUCGGGUAAAAGUACUUUCGCCAGAACCCUUAUAAAUAAGCUUACGCAUAGAUAUCGUCGGGUUGCAUUUCUUGAAUGUGAUCCCGGACAAUCGGAGUUCACCCCAGGAGGUCUCAUUGCUCUCAAUAUCAUAGAUAAGCCUGUUUUCGGUCCACCCUUCACACAUCCCAGCAUUCCUCAUGCGGCACAUUAUAUCGGUGCUACCUCGCCGCGUUCUUGUCCGACCCAUUAUCUGGAAUGUAUAAAGGCACUAGUACAAACUUAUAAUAUUGACAUUCAACACGCGGCUCUCUUAUCCAACGAAGGGACGGAAUCUGCAGACGACCGGAUAGCCGAUGUCAUUCCACUCGUCGUGAAUACCAUGGGCUGGACGAAAGGGCUCGGCGCUGAUCUAGCAUGGAAAAUUGAACAAAUGGUUGAGCCGUCAGACAUCUUCAAAUUCGAGAAUUCUGAAGAGGAAUGGUUCUCCGCUGACUUCUCCGGGUCUUCACUGAGUCGUGGUCGUGAGCCACAUAGAGCUCGGCUGCACUUCUUGAACCCCGCGGUGUCGACGGAACUUUCGAAACGCUAUACGGCUUCUGACCAUCGCAACAUGUCCAUUCUGUCGUAUUUACAUGCAACAUUCCCGAGCGAUGCUUCAACUGACCCUCUUGGCAACACCACUGCGACGUCUUGGAAUACGGCACUUCCUCUUUGUGCGCAUUUGCCGUAUGAGGUUGACUGUCGGACUGCCUUUGACGACAUUGUGCUGACUGGCCCUGGGAUGGAGGAUAUUGUUUUAUCGGAGCUGCACCAUGUACUCAAUGGUGCAAUAGUGGGACUUGUGGAGUAUGAGCCAGGCACUUUCGAAAACGAAGUCCGAAAUGAUUCAUCUACCCCAUCUUCCACCUUCCCAUACAGCCAAGGCGCUCCACCACCACCGCCAUCUAUCUCUACCUGCCGUGGACUGGCACUACUUCGUUCUCUGUCACCAUCAUCCCUAGUCUUGCAUCUUCUCACACCCAUUCCACCGUUACUCCUUUCAUCAUCGCGAACACUCGUCAAGGGUGAGCUGGAGCUGCCGGUCUGGGGCAUGCUCGACUUCCGCACCAUGGAUAGCGGCGACGUCGCGGGAAUCGAGGCCGGAAAGGUACCGUUUUUGAAGUGGGGGAAAAGUGAAGGCGUCGGAGGAGAGCGCCGACGGGUGCGGAGGAAUUUAAUGAGGCGGAAUCAAAUGUAG